GGCAAUUCAUGUACGUUUAGCUCCCUCUGCUGGACAAAGGAUUACAGUGCAGGCAUCAUGGCGGCUUCCUUGAGGACUCUGUGCUUUUCAGUACUGAGACACGGCAGAAGGCAGCUGAACACAACAUGUACCACACAAGCUGGGCAGAAAUGGAGGAAAGAGAAUGGGCUUUCCCGAUCAGGCUCUGAAUUUGGACCCCUUACAGAUCUUCCAGACUGGUCUUUUGCAGAUGGGAGACCAGCACCUCCACUAAAAGGUCAUCUAAGGAGAAGACAAGAGAGGGAAGACCUAGCUAGACGUAUCGUGAUGCUGAGCUUGGAGGUGGACAGAGGCAUGGAAAUGUGGGCACAGAAACAAGAGGAAGCCAAACUACUUGAAGAGGAAAGGAAAUCAAAAUUCCUCAAGCCCAAAGGAAGACUAUUAAUGAAGAAGGACCUAAAGAGCUAGAUUCAAUGUAUUGUUUGCACAUGUUCCUUUGACAGUUUUUUUAUUUCACAA